AUGUCGGAGAAAGAAAUUGCAGCACUUGAAGAGGGAAAUGCCUCAAGUUUUCCCUACAAAUCAAAUGAAAAAACUACUUUCUGUGCUUCAACUGAUGUGGUUUUGAUCAUCCAAAAGGUAUUUGCUGAGGCAAUUGGGACUUAUUUUUUGAUAUUUAUUGGGUGUGGUUCUGUAGCUGUUAACAAAAUUUACGAGUCAAUAACAUUUCCAGGAGUAUGUAUAGCAUGGGGUUUGAUAGUAAUGGUCAUGGUUUAUGCUGUUGGACACAUUUCUGGUGCUCAUUUCAAUCCUGCAGUUACCAUCACUUUUGCCAUCUUUCGACAUUUCCCUUAUAAACAGGUGCCUUUGUAUAUUGUGGCACAGCUGUUGGGAGCAAUUCUUGCUAGUGGCACCCUAUGUCUAAUAUUUGAUGUGAAGGCCCAAGCGUUCUUCGGGACUGUACCAACAGGCUCUAAUGUUCAAUCUCUGGUCCUUGAAUUCGUCAUCUCGUUUCUGUUGAUGUUCGUCAUAUCGGGCAGAUGUGGUUAG